AUGUCGAAUUCGACAGGUCCAGGCGAAACCCUAGAAAAUGAGAAUGAGAAUGAAAGGGAUGACAAAAUCUCAAACGUGAACCAGCGAACGGAGCCUUGUCAGGAAUGGGAGACCAUGGCUCGAGCUUGGGUCUCCGCCUUCCCCGACGCCAAAGCCGUCGUAAGCGCCACCGAAGUGGAGACUUGGAUUGGCUCCAACUUGGACUCCUUACCGGCUGAUCUCCGCCACAUGCCUCGCUCCGAGCUCGUCGACCGCCUCCUCUCCAUCCAACAUUACAUGAGACCAACUCCCUCACAUCAGAACGAGGCGGAAGAGAAUGAAGCAGACCAGCAUCCAGCUCGGUUCCAGCGGACUGACCAGUGGCUACCAGUGUACUCGUGGUUAGAAUCUUUGGAUCAUGGAGAGUUGGUCAAAUCCAAGGACAUCUCUGAGUGGCUUGAUGCAAAUCCAGAGGUCAAGCAAGAACUCUCUUCUAGGCAUUCUCGCUACCAUUUGACUCAUUAUGUCAAGAAAUGUCAUCUCAAGAUACUUAAAAGGAAGGAGAAGAAGGGAUUAAUCCGCCUGAGCAGAGCAACUGCUAUGGAAGUCCACAAAGAAUUUGGCGACAAACACCCGACUACGCUCUCUGCUGACCCCAUGAGCAACAUACCAAAAGACAGUGACCUCUACCGUACCAAACAGAAAGAAGCUAAACGCAGAUUUGAGAUCUUGGUUGAGCUCGAGAAGAGACUCGCUCCGCAUUUCUCAAGGCCUCGGAUAGUGAACAGGUGA